GAAGUCAUGUUGCUUGGGGGUGACAUUGGCGAGAGCACGGAGGGGACACAGCUUGAGUUUAGUAUCGUGGACAUUGAUUUGGAUCAACACACAGCUGUGUUAUCUAAGUUGAACAUCUGGUUGAAUCUUAACGGUAAAGCUUCCGCACAAGGGGUCCAAUUAAGGAAAAGGAAGAGGAUCAUUCCGAAGUGGAAGAUCAUUGAAGCCAGUGAAUUGGUUCCAACAACUGGGGCACGUUUAAGGGGAUUAAAGAUGUUAGACCCACUGAAGGCGAUUCCCCAUGAUGAUCUGGUGAAUUUGCUGAAACUUUGUUGGGAAUGGCGCCAGGACCCAAAUUUGGUGAUGCAAUUUGGAAACGUGGAAGCUGAGAUUGAAUUCUUGGCUUCCCUCGUGAAAGCUGAUGGUUGGCUGAAAGGAGAUCACCUUGAUUUGGGGUUGUAUCUCAUGCGGAAGCGACAACAACAGUUGGAGGAAGUUGAAAUAGCUGACUGGACAACGACAUAUGUUUUUUUUUAUGAAUCACAUAAGUACUUGCUUUGCGGAGAAUAAAAGGAAAAAACAGCAGGUUGGGUGGAAAAUCAGAAAAAGUUUACUAAACGUUGUAAAUGGGAAGGUUCCUCCGUGUGGGAUGGAUUGGCAGAACGUCUAUAAGGUGUAUACCCCAUUUAUGUUGACGAAGUACAAGCAUUGGGUGGCUGUAAUGAUUGAUCUGGUAUUGU